AUGCUGCUCGACCAUGUUUCACCCGUGAUCCCGCUGCUUGUUCACGUUUCGUCCGUGGUGAUGGCGACGGGUUUUGUCUAUUACAAGUGCACUGUGUCCAGCUUAACAAGCAAGAAAACCUGGAGUGUGUUCUACCGAUACUCGGAGUUCGACACCUUCAGGAGGAAAGUGGAGAAUCACUGGACAUGUCACGCCUCCAACUGCUUGGGCUCGUGUCAGGCUGUGCGUGAGGUCGUCCACGCGUACUUCCCCAAGAAGCGUCUUCCGUUCAUGUCCUCGUUCCAAAGCGUGAUGACCAGUCGCAAGAUCAAGUUCGAGGUAGUGCUGACACACCUGCUUCGAUGCGUGCUGCUACCCGGCAGUGCGAUGAAGUGUCCUCACGCCCGCCAGAAUCUACCAGCAGGAGUCUUCGAGUUCCUUGGGGUGGCGAGUGAUGCCGAUAUGCGCUCGGUCUUGCAGGUGUUCAUCGAUAACUGCCAAGAUGUCUGGAAGAAGGUGAAGGUGGGUUUCAAAGCAAUGGAGACCAGUCAUUCGAAGUGGACGAAGGUGCGGUGCAGUUUCUGCCAGUGCGAUGUGGACUUGACGCGCGACCUCCCGCAAUGCAAAAGCGCGGUUGUGGUGCUCCCCUGCAAGCACACUUUCCACCGCAAGUGCGUUUUCCAGUGGCUGCGGUUCCAGAUCCACUGCCCCGUGUGCGGAGCUCGAUUUGCCCGCAAGGUGUUAUCAACAACUACCGCUCAAAGCGAAACACAGUGCGGUGGUGGCUCAGCGACUUUGACGGUGAUCUACCAUGGGAAACAACAGGGUCUCUGUGGUUCCAACGACAAGGAGGACAGUAAAUGCUGA